AUGGGGCAAGUGUGGCUGGCCAGGCUCCUGCUGGGCUGCUCGGCCGUGCUGGCCGUGGCACCGGCACGGGGACAGUACGAGGGGGACUUGCAGACGGACAGGCUGGCAGCCUUCGAGGAGAGACCCCCGAGCAGGGUGAGGAGAAGGGGCCAGGACUCGCUGCGAGGCCCAAAUGUCUGCGGCUCCAGGUUCCAUUCCUACUGCUGUCCCGGCUGGAAAACUCUGCCUGGAGGGAACCAGUGCAUUGUCCCAAUCUGCAGGAAUUCCUGCGGGGAUGGAUUCUGCUCCCGGCCCAACAUGUGCACCUGCUCCAAUGGCCAGCUGUCCCCGAGCUGCGGCUCGCCUGGAGUGCAGAGCUGCAGCGUGCGGUGCAUGAACGGCGGCAGCUGCUCCGAGGAGGCCUGUCUGUGCCAGAAGGGAUUCACAGGAACCUACUGCGGGCAGCCCGUGUGUGAGAACGGCUGCCAGAACGGGGGCAGGUGCAUCGGGCCCAACCGCUGCGCUUGUGUCUACGGCUUCACCGGGCCCCAGUGCGAGAGAGAUUACCGCACCGGGCCCUGCUUCAGCCAGGUGAACAACCAGAUGUGCCAGGGCCAGCUGAGCGGCAUCGUGUGCACCAAGACCAUGUGCUGUGCCACCAUCGGCCGCGCCUGGGGCCACCCCUGCGAGAUGUGCCCGGGCCAGCCGCACCCCUGCCGCCGCGGCUUCAUCCCCAACAUCCGCAGCGGAGCCUGCCAGGAUGUGGACGAGUGCCAGGCCAUCCCUGGCCUCUGCCAAGGUGGGAACUGCAUCAACACCGUGGGAUCCUACGAGUGCAAGUGCCCUGCUGGGCACAAGCAGAGCGAGACCAGCCACAGGUGUGAAGACGUGGACGAGUGCGGGGCCAUGCCCGGCGUGUGCGACGGCGGCGACUGCACCAACACCGUGGGCAGCUACGUGUGCUCCUGCCCCCGCGGCUUCGCCAGCAGCCCCGACGGCUCCCGCUGCCUCGACCAGCGCCUGGGGACGUGUUUCUCGGCUCUGCUGGGUGGUCGCUGUGCCGGGGACGUGCCGGGCCAGGCCAGCAGGAUGCAGUGCUGCUGUGACUCAGGACGCUGCUGGGCCAUCGGCCAGACCCCCGAGAUGUGCCCUGUGAGGGGCUCAGACGAGUACCGCAGGCUGUGCAUCGAGGGACUCCCGGUGGUGCCAGGCUUCCCCGGGAACUUCCCGGGAAUUCCUGGAUUCGGGCCCAACGGGGUCGGGCCGGGACUCAACGGGCCCGGGGGCAUCGGCCCGAACGGGGCGAACGGCCAGGGCGGGAUCCCGGGGCUGCCCGGGAUGGGCCCGGGCAGCUCCAGCAUCGGAACGGCCACGCUGAACCAGACCAUCGACAUCUGCAAACACUUCACCAACCUGUGCCUGAACGGGCGCUGCAUCCCCACCCCGUCCAGCUACCGCUGCGAGUGCAACAUGGGCUACAAGCAGGACGUCCGUGGCGAGUGCAUCGAUGUGGACGAGUGCUCGAGCAGCCCCUGCGUCCACGGCGACUGCGUCAACACGCCGGGCUCCUACCACUGCAAGUGCCACGAGGGCUUCCAGAGCACCCCCACCAAGCAGGCCUGCAUUGACAUCGACGAGUGCAUCAUGAACGGGGUGAUGUGCAGGAACGGGCGCUGCGUCAACACCGACGGCAGCUUCCAGUGCAUCUGCAACGCCGGCUUCGAGAUCACCCCCGACGGCAAGAACUGCGUGGACCACGACGAGUGUGCCACCACCAACAUGUGCCUCAACGGGAUGUGCAUCAAUGAGGAUGGGAGCUUCAAGUGCAUCUGCAAACCCGGCUUUGUCCUGGCUCCCAACGGGCGCUACUGCGUGGACAUCGAUGAGUGUGAGACCCCCGGGAUCUGCAUGAACGGCUGGUGCAUCAACACGGAGGGCUCGUUCCGCUGCGAGUGCCUGGGGGGGCUGGCGAUCGGCGUGGACGGCCGGGUGUGUGUGGACACCCACAUGCGCAGCACCUGCUACGGGGGCAUCAAAAAGGGCACCUGCGCCCGUCCCUUCCCCGGCGCCGUCACCAAAUCCGAGUGCUGCUGUGCCAACCCCGACCACGGCUUCGGGGAGCCCUGCCAGCCCUGCCCGGCCAAGAACUCCGCGGAAUUCCAGGCUCUCUGCAGCAGCGGCAUCGGGAUCACGGCUGAUGGCAGAGACAUCAACGAGUGCGCCCUGAACCCCGACAUCUGCCCCAACGGGAUGUGUGAGAACCUGCGGGGCAGCUACCGCUGCAUCUGCAACCUGGGCUACGAGUCCGACCCCACGGGCAAGAACUGCGUGGAUGUGGACGAGUGCAGCGUCAAUCGGCUGCUGUGUGACAACGGGCUGUGCAGGAACACCCCCGGCAGCUACACCUGCACCUGCCCCAAGGGCUUCGUGUUCCGCACCGAGACCGACACCUGCGAAGACAUCAACGAGUGCACGUCCAACCCGUGUGUGAACGGGCUGUGCCGGAACAACGCCGGCUCCUUCGCCUGCGAGUGCUCCCCGGGCAGCAAACUGGACCCCAGCGGCACCAUCUGUGUGGACAGCAUGAAGGGCACCUGCUGGCUCAACAUCCAGGACGGGCGCUGCGAGGUGAACAUCAACGGGGCCACGCUGAAAUCCGAGUGCUGUGCCACGCUGGGGGCAGCCUGGGGCAGCCCCUGCGAGCGCUGCGAGAUCGACGUGCGGCUGGAGCAGUGCUACAUGCGCUGGGACGAGGACGAGUGCACGGAGCCGCUGCCCGGCAAGUUCCGCAUGGACAUGUGCUGCUGCUCGGUGGGCUCGGCCUGGGGCUCCGACUGCGAGGAGUGUCCCCGGCCGGGCUCCGGGGAGUACAAGGCGCUGUGUCCCCGCGGGCCCGGCUUUGCCAACCGGGGCGAUGUGCUCUCGGGACGGCCCUUCUACAAAGAUGUGAACGAGUGCAAGGUGUUCUCCGGGCUGUGCACCCACGGCACCUGCAGGAACACCAUCGGCAGCUUCAGGUGCAUCUGCGGCAACGGCUUCGCUCUGGAUGCCGAGGAGAGGAACUGCACAGACAUCGACGAGUGCCGCAUCUCCCCCGACCUGUGUGGCCACGGCUCCUGUGUCAACACCCCGGGCAGCUUCGAGUGCGAGUGCUUCGAGGGCUACGAGAGCGGCUUCAUGAUGAUGAAGAACUGCAUGGACAUCAACGAGUGCGAGCGGGACCCGCUGCUGUGCCGGGGCGGGAUCUGCAUGAACACCGACGGCAGCUUCGAGUGCAUCUGCCCCCCUGGGCACGAGCUGACAGCCGAGGGCAACACCUGCAUUGACAUCAACGAGUGCUCCCUCAGUGACAACCUCUGUCGCAACGGGCGCUGCGUCAACGUCAUCGGCACCUACCAGUGCUCCUGCGACUCGGGCUUCCAGGCCACGCCGGACAGGCAGGGCUGUGUCGACAUUGACGAGUGCACCAUCACCAACGGGGGCUGUGACACCCACUGCUCCAACUCCGAGGGCAGCUACGAGUGCAGCUGCAGCGAAGGCUACGCCCUGAUGCCAGACAAGAGGUCCUGUGCAGAUAUCGAUGAGUGUGAGGAUAACCCCGACAUCUGUGACGGGGGGCAGUGCACCAACAUCCCCGGGGAGUACCGCUGCCUCUGCUUCGACGGCUUCAUGGCAUCCCUGGACAUGAAGACCUGCAUUGAUGUGAACGAGUGCGACCUGAACCCCAACAUCUGCCUGCACGGCGAGUGUGAGAACACCAAGGGCUCCUUCAUCUGCCACUGCCAGCUGGGCUACUUCGUCAAGAAGGGAACCACGGGGUGCACAGACAUCGACGAGUGUGAGAUCGGGGCGCACAACUGCGACAUGCACGCGUCCUGCAUCAACAUCCCCGGCAGCUUCAAGUGCAAGUGCCGCUCGGGCUGGCUCGGGGACGGGCUCAAGUGCAACGACCUGGACGAGUGUGCGACCGAGGAGCACAAGUGCAACCUGAACGCCAACUGCGUGAACACGCCCGGCUCCUACCGCUGCGCCUGCCGCGACGGCUUCAACGGCGACGGCUUCUCCUGCUCAGACGUGGACGAGUGCGCGGACAACGUGAACCUGUGUGAGAACGGGCAGUGCCUGAACGCCCCCGGCGGGUACCGCUGCGAGUGCGAGAUGGGCUUCAACCCCACCGAGGACAGCAAGGCCUGCCAGGACAUUGAUGAAUGCACCUUCCAGAACAUCUGUGUCUUUGGCACCUGCCAGAACCUGCCCGGGAUGUUCCGCUGUGCCUGCGACGAUGGAUACGAGCUGGACAGGAGCGGGGGCAACUGCACAGACAUCAACGAGUGUGCAGACCCUGUGAACUGCAUCAACGGGCUCUGCGUCAACACCCCCGGCAGCUACCUGUGCAACUGCCCCCAGGACUUCGAGCUGAACCCCACCGGGGUGGGCUGUGUGGAUACCCGGGUCGGGAAUUGCUUCCUGGACACGCAGGACCGGGGGGACGGGGGCAUCUCCUGCAGCGCUGAGAUCGGCGUGGGGGUCACCCGGGCCUCCUGCUGCUGCUCCCUGGGCCGUGCCUGGGGCAACCCCUGCGAGCUCUGUCCUCCAGCCAACACCACCGAGUACAAGACCUUGUGCCCUGGGGGAGAAGGGUUCCGCCCCAACCCCAUCACCGUCAUCCUGGAGGACAUCGACGAGUGCCAGGAGCUGCCAGGGCUGUGCCAGGGCGGGAACUGCGUCAACACCUUCGGCAGCUUCCAGUGCGAGUGUCCCCUGGGCUACUACCUCAACGAGGACACCCGGAUCUGUGAAGAUAUCGACGAGUGCUCUGCCCACAUCGGGAUCUGUGGCCCGGGCACCUGCUACAACACCCUGGGCAACUACACCUGCGUGUGCCCCCCCGAGUACAUGCAGGUCAACGGGGGAAACAACUGCAUGGACAUGAGGAAGAGCGUUUGCUACCGCAACUACAACGACACCUGCGAGAACGAGCUGUCCUUCAACAUGACCAAGAAGAUGUGCUGCUGCUCCUACAACAUCGGCAAGGCCUGGAACAAACCCUGCGAGCCCUGUCCCACCCCUGCCAGCCCCGAGUACCAGAUCCUGUGUGGGAACCAAGCCCCCGGCUUUAUCAUCGACAUCCACACAGGGAAGCCCAUCGAUAUCGAUGAGUGCAGCGAGAUCCCGGCCAUCUGCACCAACGGCGUCUGCAUCAACCAGAUCGGGAGCUUCCGCUGCGAGUGCCCCAUCGGCUUCAGCUACAACAACAUCCUGCUCAUCUGCGAAGACAUCGACGAGUGCAGCAGCGGGGAGACGCUGUGCCAGCGGCACGCCGAGUGUGUCAACAUCCCGGGCAGCUUCCGCUGCGAGUGCGCCACCGGAUACCGCCUGUCCCCGGGGGGGGCCUGCGUGGUUGCUUUCCAGGAGCUGUGUCCCUAUGGCCACGGGGCCAUCCCGGGCCCGGGUGACACCCGGGAAGAUGUGAACGAGUGCUCGGAGAACCUGGGGGUCUGCAUCAACGGCGCCUGCAUCAACACCGACGGCUCCUUCCGCUGCGAGUGCCCCUUCGGCUACAACCUGGACUACACCGGGGUCAACUGCGUGGGAAAGUUUUUGGAGCACCCCAAACCCCCCCCACUGCUCCGUUCCCCCUGGUGCUGGCACCGCCCCAGCCCCUGGAUUUGUGUCCCCUCUCCGUGCCCAGACACCCGCCAGGGCUUCUGCUUCACGGAGGUGCUGCAGACCAUGUGCCAGAUGUCCUCCACCAACCGCAACCUGGUCACCAAGUCCGAGUGCUGCUGCAACAGCGGGCGCAGCUGGGGCCCCCAGUGCGAGCUCUGCCCCCUGCCCGGCACUGCCCACUACAAGAAGAUGUGUCCCCACGGCCCUGGCUACUCCACGGACGGCAGAGACAUCGACGAGUGCAAGGUGCUGCCCAACCUGUGCAGGAACGGGCAGUGCAUCAACAGCAUCGGCUCCUUCCGCUGCCACUGCCGGCUGGGCUACACCCCGGACAUCACGGGCACCGCCUGCCAGGAUCUGGACGAGUGUAACCAGUCCCCCAAGCCCUGCAACUUCAUCUGCAAGAACACCGAGGGCAGCUACCAGUGCUCCUGCCCCCGGGGCUACGUCCUGCAGGAGGACGGCAAGAUCUGCAAAGACCUGGACGAGUGUUCCACCAAGCAGCACAACUGCCAGUUCCUCUGUGUCAACGUCAUCGGGGGCUUCAACUGCAAGUGUCCCCCUGGCUUCACGCAGCACCACUCGUCCUGCAUUGACAACAACGAGUGCACAGCUCAGCCCUCCCUGUGCGGAGCCAAGGGGCAGUGCCUGAACACCCCGGGCAGCUACAACUGCGAGUGCCAGAAGGGAUUUUCCCUGGACAGCUCCGGGGUCAACUGUGAAGAUGUGGACGAGUGUGACGGGAACCACCGGUGCCAGCACGGCUGCCAGAACGUGCUGGGGGGCUACCGCUGCGGCUGCCCCCAGGGCUACGUGCAGCACUACCAGUGGAACCAGUGCGUGGACGAGAACGAGUGCUCCAGCCCCUCUGCCUGUGGCUCUGCCUCCUGCUACAACACCCUGGGCAGCUUCAAGUGCGUUUGUCCCUCGGGCUUCGACUUCGACCAGGCCUUCGGGGGCUGCCAGGACGUGGACGAGUGCUCGGCCGGGGGCAGCCCCUGCAGCUACGGCUGCUCCAACACGGACGGGGGGUACCUGUGCGGCUGUCCCGGGGGCUACUUCCGAGCGGGACAGGGCCACUGCAUUUCUGGCCUGGGAUUUGGGAAGGGUCCCUACCUGCCUGCGCCCCAGGAGGAGGAUGAGGACAACCUGCUGUCCCCCGAGACCUGCUACGAGUGCAAGAUCAACGGGUACCCCAAGAGGGGCCGGCAGCGGCGCAGCGUCAACGGCACAGAGAGACACCAGGAGCACGCCGUGAACUUGGCCAGCAUGGACGUGGAGGCGCCGCUGUCCAUGACGCUGAACCUGUCGGAGCUGGCGCGCAAGGAGCACAUCCUGGAGCUGCUGCCGGCCGUGGAGCCGCUGGAGAACCGCGUGCGCUACACCAUCGCUCAGGGCAACGAGGAGGGGCUGUUCCGCAUCCACCACAGGGAGGGGCUCAGCUUCCUGCACCUGGGCCGCAAGAAAAUCCCGCCCGGCACGUACCUGCUGGAGAUCGUGAGCGUGGCGCUGCCCCGCCGGAGGGAACUGCACAAACUCGAGGCCGACAACCACCUCGACUACUUGGCAGGGGAGCUGGGCCAGGCACUGAGGAUGAAGCUGCAGCUCCAGCUCUACUAAAGCCACGAGAGACCCCCCAGUCCCACCCGACAGCGCAGCCCUGCCCCUCGCCACCCACCCCGGGAACAACGGGAUCCGCUCCUGCCACCGCCGGGACAGCCACGGGAAAUGUCCCUUGGGAUCAGCCAUGGGAAAUGUCCCUUGGGAUCAGCCAUGGGAAAUGUCCCUUGGGAUCAGCCACGGGAAAUGUCCCUCUGGAAUCAGCCAUGGGAAAUGUCACUUGGGAUCAGCACCCUCUGGGGCUGCUCUGCUCCAGGGGGUGCCUGAGCCAAGCCCACAAGCACAAAGCUCCCGAGAGCCAAAGGUUCCAAGCUCCAGAGGUUCUCCCUUCCCUCUGCUCCCCCCGUCCCCCUUAUCCAGGACACUCGGAGCUGGGGAGCCGCCUGUUCUCCAAGGCCACAUCCCAGGAAAAGUGAGGGGGGCUGGGGGCAGCCCUGGGGGGAGCUGUGGCUCCGUUGGUGUCCGUGCAUCUCCCAACAGCUCCCGCUAAUCCUCGGGAUGGUGCUGCAGGAGCCAUCCCAACUGAUCCCAGUUCCCGGGAUUGAAGGUGCUCGAUUCCCGGGAUCAGAGGUGUCAAUUCCCAGGAUUAAAAAUGCUCAGUUCCUGGGAUCAGAGAUGCUCGAUUCCCGGGAUCAGAGGUGCUCAGUUCCCGGGAUCAGAGGUGCUCAGUUCUCGGGAUUAAAGGUGCCAAUUCCCAGGAUUAAAGGUGCUCGAUUCCCAGGAUUAAAGGUGCUCAAUUCCCGGGAUUAAAGG